ACCUGUAUGAGAAAGUUUGGAUACUACUCUCUUAACUAACUCGGAGUUUCUUUGUCGUUCCACUGACAUUUCCUUCGCGAGAUGACCCGUAUGUUUUCUGUUAGCAUAUUCGGAUGCGCUAAAUACCUCACUGACUUGUCUAUCCCCGAGACAGAUGCCCUGUUAUUUUCUUCGCGCAGUCUACAGCCUCGGAAGGUGUUGGUGUCUCCUCUUUCCGCUCAGCGUGGAAGGCGGAAGCCACCACCGCGUAUCGUGCAGCUCGUCCCCGCGGCAACCCUACACCAACGCUUUCGCCACUUUCACCGGCGCAAAGUUUCUUCGCCGUAGCUUACCCCAUUUCUACAUCAUCCAGCUUCAUCUUUACCUCUUCAACACGUACGUCUAACUCUCUCGUCCCCAUCCGCAAUGUCGAAGACACCAGUUCGCAUCCCAAAGCCGAGCGGAUCGCUGCUCGCAGCCAUACCUCCUCCGCCAUGCGACCUUUGCGGGCACAAGGUGAAGCCCGACGACGCUGGCCUAUUCCCGACGCGCUGCAACGACUGCGUAGAGCUCAUCAAGGACUGGGUGACGGCACCAAGCUGGAAAUAUCUCGUUGAGAUGAAUCGCGAGUUCGUCAUAGGAGCCAGCUCGAUAACCCCAUAUUCCAUAUAUCCGAUCUUCAACGACGUGGCCAUGAGACCCGGUAUCCUCCGCCUGCACGACUACGGCUUCAUCGUCACGGACGCGCAGCCAGGAUACGCGAAGAUCGGACAAGACCAAGGAAAAUGGUUCGAGAUAAAAGAGAGGGCGUUCAUGCGUUGCGUUCUGCCCACUUAUCAUCCCUGGAUCCAGAAAGGGAGGGUCGAUCUCCUGCUCGGUGUGCUCGGUAUUCAGGACGACCUAGAGCUGAUCGUCUACGCGGAAUACGCUGAAUACGAAGAAGGCGGGAACGAAACCGACUAUCGCUAUGCCAGGCCGAAAAAUGAGAUAAACCUACAAACCGGAUCGAAGCUUGAAUUCUUCUAUUCGUCGGUUGGGAGAAAGCCGAACCCUGGUCGAACAGACUUCAAGUAUCGAAUGCCGACGAAGAACAAUCGAACUCUCUCGAAAUAUCGGAUUGCAGACAGCGAGGAGAGUUUGAAGUGGGUAUUGUGGAAGCGCUGUACAGGCCAUCCCGGACUGCCGGUCGUUACGGAGAGGGAUAUUCCGCCGCGGUCUACGGGGAGGAGAGCGUUUGGGAGAGAGUUCGACGUCGCGGUUGGAUUGAGACCCGUCAUCGUUACGAUUGUGAGUCGUGAUUGGCCGCCUCUUGGUGUAGACCUGCCGGUCGUGGUGGAGGACUGCUGCAGAAAAGCGGGCUUGAAGCCGGUGUUUGGGACAAAGACAGGGGAUAAGACAGACGAGGAUCCGGAUCUACCAGCAUUGGUCCAGGGUCUUUCUUUGAAGGGGAAGGAAAAGGUUGAUGAUGUGAAGGCGGGACCGUCUGAGGAGGCGCCCGAGGAUGGUGGCCCAUCCUAGGUAUGGAUGAACGUUAUUUGACCUCGACAUGUGAGGUCAGCACUUGAAAAGUCGUGGCGUAUCAUCCGCCGUCCCCGAGUAUAAAAGAGUCUUUAGAAUCUACGAAUGGCA